AAGCAAUUCAGACAUGGUCUAAUCGAGCUGGUAAAGCUGUGCAAGACUUUAAACCCAUACGUUCUGAGAGUAUCAAUUCCACAACAUGGCGGCCAUCAGUGCGUUGCAAGCGUACGGAAGCAGUGACGAAAGUGACAAUGGCAGCGAAAAAGAAGAAUUUAAUGAAGAUGCCACUGCACAUUUGAAGCCAUUAGAGAAAGGGGAUAAUGUCCGUACGCUGCAGUCGAGAUUCCAACUUAACGCGGCGCCCGAAGUCGAGAGUAAGGAAGCCAUUGGGACGAUACAGCCUCUAGAUCCAUCAACCAAGGAAUUAACAUUUAAUCCACAGUUUGACCAGCUCUUCACACCAACGGUGGGACCAGCGAACCCUUUCAAAACUCAACAGCAAGCUGCAAAGAAGAACAUGCUGUCUGGCUAUGUAGAAGAUGCUCACUUCAGUGACUUCCAGUUUGAGAAUCAGAGGAGGACAUUCAACAGCUACGGUUUUGCAGUUGAUCCUAGUGUCAGAGAGACGGCAGAGACCAAAUUUAUCGGUGCAGCUGACUCCGAAGCCAAGACAGUGUUUGAAAAGACAAAAGUUCGGCCAGGCGACAAGAGAAAAAGAGUGCGCAAGAAUGACCCGUCAGAAAUUGAUGAUUUUGAAGGACCAUGGGGCAAAUAUGUUGACGAGGCAACAGUUUCCAAACCCUCUGAAGAAGAGCAAGUUGAAUUGGACGAGAUCCUUGCCAAGCGGAACAAGAAGGGAAAACAGGUUGACGAAAAGCCAGCUGAAGAGAAGACAACACUUCACCUCAAAGAUAUGUACGACUACUUGGGCCGUUCCUACCUACAUGUCCCUCAGGACUUGGACGUGGACCUACGCACCACAGAGCCACCCGAGAAAUGCUACCUCCCCAAAAAGCUUAUCCACACCUGGGCGGGGCACACAAAGGGUGUUGCUGCCAUCAGGUUAUUCCCAAACUCGGGUCACCUGCUGUUGUCAUGUGGUAUGGAUAGCAAAAUAAAGUUGUGGGAUGUCUACCAUGAAAGGAAACUCAUCCGAACGUUCAGUGGUCACAAGCAAGCUGUCCGAGAUGCCUGCUUCAGUAACGAUGGCACUAAGUUCAUCAGUGCUUCCUAUGAUCGCUACCUGAAAGUGUGGGACACGGAAACAGGCGAGUGUUUGGGUCGGUACACCAAUCGCAAAGUACCUUACUGUGUCAAGUUCCAUCCGGAAGAGGAAAAACAGCACAUCUUUGUUGCCGGAAUGUCAGACAAAAAAAUCGUGCAAUGGGACAUGCGAGAGAAUGAGAUUGUACAAGAAUAUGACAGGCAUCUUGGUGCCGUCAACACCAUCACAUUUGUUGACCUGGGUCGACGAUUUGUGUCAACGUCCGACGACAAGAGCAUGCGAGUUUGGGAAUGGGAUAUUCCGGUUGACUAUAAGUACAUCGCCGAUCCAUCCAUGCAUUCCAUGCCCAGUGUCACACUUAGUGAUAAUGGCAAAUGGCUCGGUUGUCAGUCCAUGGACAACCAGAUCCUGAUCUAUGGCGCCCACAACCGCUUCCGCCUCAACAAGAAAAAGAUCUUCAAGGGCCACAUGGUAGCUGGCUAUGCAUGCCAGAUGGACUUCUCACCAGAUAUGAGCUAUGUCGUGUCUGGGGACGCAGACGGCAAACUGAACAUCUGGGAUUGGAAAUCCACCAAGCUGUACAGCCGAAUCAAGGCACACGAUGGCGUGUGUAUCGGUUGUCUCUGGCAUCCUCACGAAACCUCCAAGGUGAUCACUUGUGGCUGGGAUGGGCAAAUCAAGCUGUGGGACUAAUCACAAAUUGGACGGUAUUAGCUCUGUGCACAACAGCGCCCUCUUGUGGCAGAAAUGUAUGAGGUACCCUCAGGCAACGCAGUGUGGUGCCACCAUUUGCUGUGCAUCGGUGGUCAGUGUUUGUACAUCUGAUGCGAAAAGUUGGCAAGGGUUGCACCGUAAGCUUCAUUUUGUGACAUUUAGGCUGUUUCCAAUAAUCAACUUGGGCUCCGUCUCAAGCUUCAACUGUUUUUUUACUUAUUAUUAUUAUUAUUAUUGUCAUUGAUUAGCAUGAAUUGAGAAUUUUAAAUUUGAAAAAUUCUAAACUGUUGAUAAUCAUAUCAUGGGCAAUCAUGGAGUACUCAUUGGUACCUUUUGAGUUUUCUGUUUCUCUAAGUGCUUUUAAAACAAAUUCACUGGGUACAAGGUGGAGCAGUUUCACUGGGUACAAGGUGGAGCAGUUUUGCAUAGCAACAGUGGCAGAUGUUGGGCUUCAAACUGAAGUGAAAUUUGUACUGUUAUAUCAUGAUUGUUGUUGAGAUGAAAUAAAUCUACUAGUCUCUGGCUGUCAGGAUUUAUGAAGAAACCAUUGAAGAUGGUACAGCUUCAGUCGCAACUGUCAGUAUACUGAGAGUUCAUUCUGUAAAAUAAUGUACAGUUUUGUUGGCAUUUUUAUUGUCUUAUUGAUAUUUCAAAUAAACUAUUGUACUUGAAGGCAUUUUUUUCUGAUGUAUGUAUUAUUUUGAUUAGAAUCCAGAGGUUUUAAGAUUUUGCUGAAUAAAACCAUGAUCUAUAAAAUAGAAAAGA